AAACUGGCCGCAACAAUAACAAUCAGUCACGCAUGUGUGUGUAUGUGUGUCUGAGCGAGUUUUCAUAUCUAGCUCAUUGAGUUGGCUUUCCACGAACUAGAAAGUUCGUUUUCAGUGUCAUUGUUAUUUGAGUGCGCAAACGAAUCACACAACCAAAGUUUAGUGACUUGAAAAAGUUUGCUGUUUUCAAAUUUAAGAACCACGAAGUGUUACAAGUGACCGCGUGGUUAAUUUUAGCUCAGUGAUAUGUCAGCGUAUAAAGUUUAACAAGAAUUUAGAAAUCGAUAACUGUAUUAAUAUAUAAUUUCAUAUAUGGUCGACUCACCCGAUUUUUAAGAGCGCUUCUUUGGUGAGAAAGUUAAAAGGAUUUCAUUUAUGGAAGUUGUUUAAUGGAAACUACAGUAAUUUUAAUUUAAAAAUAAUGAUAACAGCUAACUGUAAUCGCGAAAUUACUAAUUACAAAAACAAUAAAAAGUCGUUGAAGUAUUUAAGAAAAUAGAUAUACAUACAUAUAUAAAAUUCAAGUACCGAAUUAUUUAGCUCAACAAGUUUCAAAAAAGGUGAAAGCGUAUUUCGACAAAGACCAGCAUUCAGAUCAAAACACGCGAAAUGUUUUGGCUCUGCAGCGUGUCACGCGCAUUAUUCGAUUAUCGUUUAAUCGCAAUAAAUGCAUUGAUUUACGAUUUAAUUGCAACGGAAAUUGUAAACGUGAAUGCGCACAUUGUUGUUGCGGCCACUGUCAUGAUAAAAUUUGACAAAUCAGCAGCACAAGCUACCACUAUACCAGAAACAAUAGCACCAACCGGUGCCGUGCAACUAGCAAUUGCACCCGAAAUGUCUAUUAGAAGCAACGCAACAACAAUAAAAACAACUAAAACAAACACAAUAAGCAGCAACGACACAGCUGACGUGGCAUUUUUCGGCCAAAAACUGAGUGAUUGCAGCGAUGACGAUGAAAUAAGUAUUAACAACAACAACCAGUUGACACAAACAACAAAUGGAGCAAGUAACAACACAGCACCACAAGCAGCGGCACCAGCAAGUGCCAACGUCACGUUUGUUUCUAUUGCUGCAGCAAGGCCACUUGCUAUGAGAGCGCACAAUUGUGCGCACGCCAACAACAAUGCGACCGUUAUGCCAACAAUAAAUGAACGCGUUGACAAUUAUCGCAAUGACAAAAAUGAAACGAAUGUGCACACAACAACAGCAGCGGCAGCAGUAGGUGAGGUCGAGCAAAAUGUGGCAGCCUCAACGGUUGCGGUUGCAGCACGAAUACGAAGAACUAAAACAACAACACCAGCAACAAGCAAUGUGGCGGCGUUAGCAAUUUCAAAGCGACCAGCAAUAAAAGCAAAAGUCAUAACAGCAAUAAAAUCGACAGCAAUGCAUUUGACGACAUCAGCGUUGGCCACGGCAUCGGUAAUGACAGCAAAAACAACAGAAACAGCAACAGCAGCAAACGCACAAGCUGCCGAGUCAGCAAUAGACAAUACAGCAAUAGUCGAAGCGUUCGAAACAAGAUCCAAAUGGGCAACAGCAUUAGCAACAACAACAGCAACAUUGAUCCAUGCAACACCAGCGUGGUCGACAUUGCGCAGUCAUGAUUUAUUAUCGUCAACAAAUGGGAUGCCAAAUUGUCGUAAUGCAACAUCCGUGUGUGUGCCCACAGCAAAAUCGCAUGUCGCAACAAAUAUGAAUGCAGCAACAACAGCAACAACAACAACAACACCCUUAAAGCAGACAACGCGUAUACCAACAACAGCGGCGAUGAAAACAGCAACAACAUUAUUGUCCACAUCAACGGCAGUUGCGAGCACAACGCUACAAACCACAGAGGUGGCGGCUGAUGUGCGUCGUGCAACAACAACAACAGCAACUACAGACGCUGCGUCCGUAGCAUAUGCAGCGGGCUCGACUGACAGCACAACUCGUAGAGUUGCAGCAACACCAAUGCGCUCUCAAACGCCUUGUCCCACUUAUAGUUCACCCGCGACGCCUGCAGCGUCGAGUGCAUUGCAAACGCAGUGGCAACGCAUACUGUCGCGUCGCAAGCGAUAUCUGGCAUUUUCGGAGGGAACAUCAUUCACCACAUCAGUCUGCAUUACAAUCGGCAUUAUUGGUAAUCCCAAUGCCAAUUAUAUGUCUUUUGGUUUAAAUUUUGGCAUGGGAUAUGAUUUGCCCAACGCCACAUGGGUGCUCAAUCAACUACAUGGUCUUAGCCGACGUCCAAUGCCGAUGGCUAUGCAUCACAGACGCAGGAAGCGUGCCAUCUAUGAGCGUAUUGCUGAAGCUGUGAACAACAUGGGUUAUAGCGGACGUGACUGUGUACUGCGUGCUUUGUGUGAGAGUCGUCAGUAUUUUACCCGCACUAAAAUGGGCAUGGUUGGUGAGAUUCUACGCGUCAUAUUCAGUUUACCCAAACAACGCAUAUUCAGCCGAGAGUUGCAUGAGAAUUCCGAUAUCGCCGUUUAUGACCAUGCCUACCGCAAAGCCCGUUCGCAGGACUGCUCCGCUCAAUAUGGCUGCCCAUUUUCAUUGCUUGAAUUGGCAUUUGGAAGAUAUUCGAAGCUUUCUGAUAACUUCUAUGGCGAAUCAGGCAUGUGAAAGGAGGAACUUUCGGCAUUGGAAAAAUGUUUAAACAAUAUUUUAUAGUUGUAAUAGUUGUUGGAUUAAAAAGAAAUAAAACUUAACCAUAACAUUUGUUAAA